UUAUUCUUUCUUUCUUGUUCUUUCAUUACUUUGUAGCCCUAGGCUUGCUGAAAACAGAUUGUCUCCCUCAUAAAUGUUUCCAGGGUGGAUUACAGGCCUGUAAUUUCAGAUGCCAUCUUCCUAAAGAGGUGUUCAUUUGUGUCAUUUCGUUGAUCCCUAGUCUUUGAAGUGAAGAGUUGAGAUUUUCUGAGCCUAGUGUCCUUGGGUUUCUGUGCUCCCUACAUAUACUAUAAUCCUAUGAUAAAACCCCCAAAGAAUAACCACCAAGGAUUAAGGCCAGUUUCUCUCCAAUAGCUGUGGGCUCUGAUCCUCACAUCAGUAUGAAAACUCAAGAGAAUGAAGAGAGGGAGCUGGAGUGCACCUCUUCGGGAUGGUAUCCAGAACCUCAGGUGCAGUGGAGGACAGCCAGUGGAGAGAAGUUACCAUCCACAUCAGAGUUCAGGAAGCGUGACGAGCAAGGCCUGUUCACUGUGGCGGCUUUGAUAACCAUCAAAGACAGCUCCGUAAGGAACAUGUUCUGCUGCAUCCAGAAUAUGCUCCUCGGCCAGAAGAAGGAAGUAGAGAUCUCUGUACCAGCACCAUCUUCCUCGACCUGGGGUGCCAUGUUGCUGUUGCUCUUGUUGCCAGCAUUCCUGGGCCUUACUGGAAUAUACGUUGCUUGGAAAAAAUGGAGGACAAGACAGAGACAGAGAAAUGGCAAAGUUGACUGUAUAGAAUGGAAAUUGGCACGGUCAAAACCAGGUCAGUUUACUUGCUCUGGGCUCUGAGAUCUUACUCUUCUACGGCUGUAAUAAAAUGCCAUGACAAGGCAACCAUUUCAAGGACGCGUAUAUUCAAGGCUUAUACUUCCAGAGGGAUAGGAAUACAUCACCAUCAUGGCAGUGAACAUGGCAGCCAGCAGGAUGGCAUUGAGGCAACAGCUGAGAGAGAGUGUGUAUCUGAAUCACAACAUGGAGCAGAGAGCACACCUGAAAUGGCACAAGUCUUUUGAAACCUCAGAGCUCACACCUAGAGACACAGCUCCUUCAAGACCACACCUCCUAACCCUUCCCAAACAGUUCCACCAGCUGCAACACAUAAACCAAUAGGAACCAUUGUCAUUUAAA